AUGACCACUUUGAAGACAGAACGCUUGCACAUAGCCUGUGUCUACACUGCCACGGUCUACGGGUUCGACGCCAGUGGACUGACGAUCACGAGCUGCACAUGUUGCCGGCUAGCCGUCUGUGCUCUAAGUUCAACACCCCGGGAUCCCCGUGUGAGCAUUGCGGUGGAGCAGCUUCAGGAAGUCUUCGGCCCCUUGGUAACGGACCAGCUGAACCUCAUGGACUGGGCGCCGACGAAAAGGGAAGCCGAGCCCAGCUCGGCCCCUCCAGAUCGCAGCAAAGCCCAAAGAACGGAGCAGGGCAAGGGGAGACCGUGGCAGUCGGCCUCCGCAGGCAGACCACCCUGGCGCAAAGGUGGGGUCAAGGGGCGCCACAACGAUGGCCCCAACCUGACCUACCUGAUCAAAGCAUUGGCGAGACUGGCGCUGCAGCAGGAGACAGCGCUCAAAAUCCUCCGACAGGACUACAGCUGGGUGCUCUUUGUCCAACCGGGGAACCAAGGACCGCUGCCACUUCUCUUCGCUGCCGCUCAGAAGUGGAAGAAGUCGCAGGAGGAGGGAGCGACGACUACCGCCCUUCGCACCACACUCUUCGGGGAGACGCCCACGCCGUUCCAGAAGAAGGCCGAGGAGAUGAACUGGCUACAGGACGGCAGCUGGUGCUAUCAGAAGUGGUCGCCGGCCCUGGGGAGCCUAGUGGUGGACGAGGACAGGCCCCCUCUUCAACACACGAGGCUAGUGGAAGCCCUUCAGCUCAUCCUGCCGAUCAUCAUGCAGCCCUACAUGAUCCACAGAUUUCACGCGACAUGGCCACUUGCAGGGAACAUGACGGGGAUCACCACCAUCCAGCUCGACCUAUCGAACAGAACGCGCGGGCACCAGACAGUGUGGGAGGCGCUGGAAGCUCUCACGGGCUGUUGGGAUGAACCAUGCUGUCGGUUGAUCUUUGUGUGUCCUCUCACUUAUGACAAUGGACACGGGACCCAUUGUUGGUGCCAGUGGGAUUACGAGCGACAGGUGGCCAAACGUCUGAGGAUGAUGGAAAGAAGUGCCUUCAAACGUGGAUUUGAUGUGAUGCCCUUGGCUUGGUUUCGGAAGCGGCUCCCAAUGCGACAUCCAUGGAGUCCAUGGAGGGUGUGCUGCCGUCGCAAUCUUCCGAAGUUCGUCAUUUUUCUGUGCCGCUCCUUGGUCGUGUGGGAAGCUCGACCGUCCUGCACAUGGGUGCUAGCAGAAACGGAGACCCACGUGUUGUGCAUUGAAGAAAAUUUGUCCCGGAAGCAUCAGGAAGCUGGCGUAAUUCUCGACUUUGACUUGAUAUGGGACUGGUCCGAGGUGGACAACCUGGAUGCACAUGAUGCACACAUGCAGCUGGAGAUCGUGUUCCCCUUCUUGCUGCCGCUAGGACGUGAGGCUGCUUGGUGGGUCCACUACGAAGGUUAUUGUUUUGCUAUGGUGCACAUCGAAGAUUACAUGGAUGUGUGUUGGCAUGGUCUCGGUUCUCCGCCUGUCGUUGGCAAAAAGGAACGAAAACGCCGAUUCGAGAGGUGCUCUGGACAUGCUCCUCUUGACAUAGAGGAAUCCGACGAGGAAUCAUCCUUUGACAUUGACCUGGGCAACUUGUAUUGA